GGUGCACACGGAUUGACCACUCCUCUUGGGCUUUUUUUUAAAUUUCCUUGGAUAUCUGGGGAGGAAAAAGCUAAUCCACAAACAUGACUGACGCGCAACAAGAGGCCCGCUCCUACCUGAGCGAGGAAAUGCUGGCUGAGUUCAAGGCAGCCUUCGACAUGUUCGACACCGACGGUGGCGGUGACAUCAGCACCAAGGAGUUGGGUCAGGUGAUGAGGAUGCUGGGCCAGAACCCCACGAGAGAGGAGUUGGAUGAGAUCAUCGAGGAGGUGGAUGAGGAUGGUAGCGGCACCAUUGACUUUGAGGAGUUCUUGGUCAUGAUGGUGAGGCUCCUAAAGGAGGACCAGGCCGGCAAGAGCGAGGAAGAGUUGGCGGAGUGCUUCCGUAUUUUCGACAAGAACGGCGACGGCUACAUCGACAGAGAGGAGUUCUCCGUCAUCAUCCGCAGCACCGGUGAGCCCAUCUCAGAGGAUGAGAUCGAUGAGCUGAUGAAGGACGGAGACAAGAACGCAGACGGCAUGCUGGACUUUGACGAAUUCCUCAAGAUGAUGGAGAAUGUGCAGUAAACCCAGAAAGACUCAUGGACAUUCCUCCUCCUCCUCCUCCCUGUGAACCACCAGUCUGAAUGCAUCUGACUCCCCACUGUCCCAGUCCCCCUCCCCCCCAAAACACAAACACCCUCUCCUGUCCAGCUGGCACGCUGCUUGUCCUCUCCAUCCUAAAAGGCACCUGGCGGGGGUUGCCAGGGAGGGGGGGGGUUGUUGCUCCACUCACUCGGCCUCUUGAGAAUGCAGACAGGCCGUCCACAGAUGCUGAGCUGACCCUGUCAUCGGCCAGCCUUCCCUCCCCCGGCAAAGAUCGUAUCUAGAUCUCGAUUGGACGGCAGCAUGUUACCUGCUGCUUAGACCAAUUCAGUCAACCACUUCAGUGUACUAAGAAGUAACUGGCUUGAAAAGAAUAAAUGAAUUAACACAUGCUUGUAGUUGGUCCGUUAUAUUUAUGGUCUGUGUAAAAAAAAUGUUUUAAGGAAUAUCAAUAAAAUCUGUUUGUUUCUUC